GGCCAUGGGGGAGGAAGUCGUGGGGCCGGUGCCGGUGGAGCAGGCCGUGCUGGAGACCUUCUUCUCCCACCUGGGCAUCUUCUCGUACGACAAGGCCAAGGACAAUGUGGAGAAGGAGCGGGAGGCCAACAAGAGCGCGGGCGCCGGGUGGCUGGCGCUGCUCGCCGCCCUGGCCCACCUGGCCGCCGCCGAGAAGGCCUACCACGGCCUCACCUACCUGGGACAGAAGCUAGGAAGCCAGUCGUUCUUCAGCAGGAAGGACUCCAUCCGCACCAUCUACACCUCCCUGCACAACGAGCUGAAGAAGGUGGUGGCGCCGGGCGGCCGGGGGGUCCCCGGGGGGGGCGGCGCCGCCCCCCACCUGGAGGAGCUGCUCUCCCACCUGGCCGAGCAGCUCUGCUUCUUCGUCCAGGCGCGAGUGGAGCUGGCCGACUUGUACGAGAAGAUGUACGCCCUCAGCACGCACAAGUACGUCAACUCGGAGGAGCUGGUCGGCCUUCUGGAGACCGUCCUGAAGAAGUUCAGCUCGAGAUUCCACCACCCGAUCCUCAGCCCCCUGGCGAGCAGCUUCCAGCUGGAGGUGGACGUGCUGACCCACCUGCUGAAGGCCCAGGCCCAGAUCUCGGCCUGGCAGUUCCUGCCGUCCCUGGUGGGGCUGCACAGCGCCCACACCAAGCUGCACACCUGGGGCCAGAUCUUCGAGAAGCAGCGCGAGACCAAGAAGCACCUGUUCGGCGGCCAGUCCCAGAAGGCCGUGCAGCCGCCCCACCUCUUCCUCUGGCUGCUGCGCCUCAAGGGCCUCUUGCUGGCCAAGUUCAGCUUCUACUUCCACGAGGCGCUGAGCCGCCAGACCACGGGCUCCGAGAUGAAGGCCCUCACGGCCAGGGCCAGCCCGGACCUGUUCGGCAAGAUCUCCGGCUUCAUCCGCAAGUACGACGCGGCCAACGUGGCCCUCGUCUUUGACAACCAGGGGGCGGAGAGCUUCCAGGGUCACGGCUACCACCACCCGCACUCCUACCGCGAGGCGCCCAAGGGGGUGGACCGCUACCCGGCCGUGGUGUCCCUGCCCGGCGACAGGCCCGUCGUGCACUGGCCCAACAUCAUCAUGAUCAUGGCGGAGCGGGCGGCCGACCUCAACGGCCUGGAGAAGGUGGUCCACUUCUACGACGAGAAGGUCCAGAGCACUUACUUCCUCACCCGCCCGGAGCCCCACUUCACCCUCGUGGUCAUCUUCGAGGCCAAGAAGUCGGAGCGCGACUCGCAUUUCGUCUCCUUCCUCCACGAGCUCUCUCACGCCCUGAAGAACUCCAGAGCUUUCGCGGGCCUGAAGCCCGGGUCGAAGGGUUAGCGGGGCGCGGGGCGUUGGCUUCCGUUGGCGCUCCUCUCGCUUCAGUUCCGAGGAGACGCUCCCCGCUGCAGGCCGGCGUCUUGAAGCCUCUGGAGGGAAGCGACCCGGCGGGGAGG